AUGCCAAAAGACAAAGACAUGACGAUAAUCGCCGACGACGAAGAGAGCAAGGUCAACAGAAUAGCAGUAAGAAUUCCACCAUUCUGGCCGGAAGAACCAGAAUUAUGGUUUGCGCAAUUAGAAGGGCAGUUUUCGCUAUGCGGAAUAACACAAGACGAAGCCAAAUACGCAUACGUGCUAUCAAAAAUGGAGCCAAGACAAGCACGGGAAAUUAAGGAUGUAAUAACACACCCGCCGGCACAUCACAAAUAUGAGGCAAUUAAAAAAGCACUCAUACAAAGGCUGAUAGACUCCUACGAAACGAGGAUAAAGCAGCUACUAGAACGCGAAGAGCUGGGCGACCGCAGGCCAUCACAAUUCCUCUGGUAUCUCAGCACAUUGGCAGGCACAGCAGUACCGAACGAGUUGCUAAGAACUCUCUGGCUUGGACGACUACCACAACACAUGCAGGCCAUAUUAGCAACGCGCAGCAAUGAUAACCUAGAGGAAGUAACAGAGCAGGUAAACCACAUCCACGAGAUCGGCAACAAUAAGGCGCUAGUAUUAGCAACACGGGGGCGACGAAAAGAGCCUAUGGGAAGAACAAAUGCAAGCUCUCAGCAAACAAGUCGCUGCGCUGACCACACAGAUGGCGAAGGUAGCCGCUCAGUGGGACAAAGACAGAGUUAG